AUGUCCGAGGAGCAGGCCAGUAGCCCUUCAGCGAAAAUGAGAGAUGAGGAGAAUCCGGUAGGUGCUGGUGAAGAGAAACAAAAGGAAGGAAGCAAGAAGAAGAAUAAAGAAGGAUCGGGGGAUGGAGGUCGAGCAGAGUUGAAUCCUUGGCCCGAAUAUAUUAACACACGUCUUGAGCUGUACAAUAAACUAAAAGCAGAACAUGAUUCCAUUCUGGCAGAAAAGGCAGAAAAAGAUAGUAAGCCCAUUAAAGUCACCCUGCCUGAUGGUAAACAGGUAGACGCAGAAUCCUGGAAAACUACACCAUAUCAAAUUGCUUGUGGAAUUAGUCAAGGCCUGGCCGACAACACUGUCAUUGCUAAGGUGAAUAAAGCCGUCUGGGACCUAGACCGUCCUCUGGAGGAAGAUUGCACCUUGGAGCUGCUCAAGUUUGAGGAUGAGGAAGCUCAAGCAGUGUAUUGGCACUCAAGUGCUCACAUAAUGGGUGAAGCCAUGGAAAGAGUCUAUGGUGGAUGUUUGUGUUAUGGACCACCAAUAGAAAAUGGAUUCUAUUAUGACAUGUACCUUGAAGAAGGAGGUGUGUCCAGCAAUGAUUUCUCUUCUUUGGAGACUUUAUGUAAGAAAAUCAUUAAAGAAAAGCAAGCUUUUGAAAGAUUAGAAGUUAAGAAGGAAACUUUACUGGAAAUGUUUAAGUACAACAAGUUCAAAUGCAGGAUUUUGAAUGAAAAAGUGAAUACUCCAACUACCACAGUCUAUAGGUGUGGCCCCUUGAUAGAUCUCUGCCGGGGUCCUCAUGUCAGACACACUGGCAAAAUCAAGACUUUGAAAAUACACAAAAAUUCCUCCACCUACUGGGAAGGCAAGUCGGAUAUGGAGACUCUACAGAGAAUUUAUGGCAUUUCGUUUCCAGAUCCUAAGAUGCUGAAAGAAUGGGAGAAGUUCCAAGAGGAGGCUAAAAACUGAGAUCAUAGGAAAAUUGGAAGGGACCAAGAACUCUACUUCUUCCAUGAACUCAGCCCUGGGAGUUGCUUCUUCCUGCCCAAGGGAGCCUACAUUUAUAACACACUUAUUGAAUUCAUCAGGAGUGAAUACAGGAAACGAGGGUUCCAGGAGGUGGUCACCCCGAACAUCUAUAAUAGCCGGCUCUGGGUGACCUCGGGCCACUGGCAGCACUACAGCGAGAACAUGUUCUCCUUUGAAGUGGAAAAGGAGCUGUUUGCUCUGAAACCCAUGAACUGCCCGGGACACUGCCUCAUGUUUGAUCAUCGGCCAAGAUCCUGGCGAGAGUUGCCUCUGAGAGUUGCUGAUUUUGGGGUGCUUCAUAGGAAUGAGCUGUCAGGAGCACUCACAGGACUCACUCGGGUCCGAAGGUUCCAGCAAGAUGAUGCUCAUAUAUUCUGUGCCAUCGAGCAGAUUGAGGAUGAAAUAAAAGGUUGUUUGGAUUUUCUGCAUACAGUAUAUAGCAUAUUUGGAUUUUCUUUUAAACUGAACCUGUCUACUCGCCCAGAAAAAUUCCUUGGAGAUGUUGAAGUAUGGGAUCAAGCUGAGAAACAACUUGAAAACAGUCUGAAUGAGUUUGGUGAAAAGUGGGAAUUAAAUCCUGGAGAUGGAGCUUUCUAUGGUCCAAAGAUUGACAUCCAGAUUAAAGAUGCUAUUGGGCAGUACCACCAGUGUGCAACAAUACAGUUGGAUUUUCAGUUGCCCAUUAGAUUUAAUCUUACUUUUGUAAGCCAUGAUGGUGAUGAUAAGAAAAAGCCAGUCAUUAUCCAUAGAGCCAUCUUGGGGUCAGUGGAAAGAAUGAUUGCUAUCCUCACUGAAAACUAUGGGGGAAAAUGGCCCUUCUGGCUGUCCCCUCGUCAAGUAAUGGUAGUUCCAGUGGGACCAACAUGUGAUGAAUAUGCCCAAAAGGUACAGCAACAAUUCCAUGAUGCUAAAUUCAUGGUGGACAUUGAUCUGGAUCCAGGCUGUACAUUAAACAAGAAGAUCAGGAAUGCACAGUUAGCACAAUAUAACUUCAUCCUAGUUGUUGGUGAAAAAGAGAAAACCAGCGGCACUGUCAAUAUCCGUACCAGAGACAAUAAGGUGCACGGAGAGCUUACGAUCUCUGAAACCAUUGAGCGGCUCCAGCAGCUCAAGCGUUCCCGCAGCAAACAGGCAGAAGAAGAAUUUUAAGGAGGAACUUCGCCCAGCUUGGCUCAGUAGAAAAGGGUGAACAUGCU